GAACACUGGAGAGUCUCUGGUUCUCCUGGAUGGUCUGAAUCUGAUUCUGUCGUCUGCUGAACAACAGUGUAGUCUGAUGUCUUGAGACAGUGUCAAGAUGAUCGUGUUGUGGAUUACAUUGCUUGUUCUUCAUCAAGGACAUACACUCAUUCCAGUGAUCCCAGUUCAACUUGGUGAAUCUACAACGUUCACAUGUGAUCUGUCUAAUACUGAUAUCAGCCGAGUAGAAGUCCACUGGUACAAGCAGAGUGUUGGAGAUAAUCUGAAACUAAUUGUGAAUCUGCGGGAACAUAUAACACCUCAGUUUGCACCAGAGUUUCCUAACUCAAGAUGGAAAGUUAAUAUUCAUGAUGAUUUGAUUAACAUGACGAUUUUGAAGACAAUCCAAGAGGACGAGGGAAUCUAUCACUGUGCAAUUGUUGAGCGGUUAGUCAGUUCUAAAUGGAGUGGGACAUAUUUGAUCGUAAAAGUCUGCUUGGCCAUUUCUGUGAUUGUAAAUAUUGUUUUCAUCUGUUACCGAACUCCAAGAUCAGCACGAGAACAAGUCACAGGAACAGAAUUCAGCUCAUCACAAACAAGACAUGACAUCGUGAGUCAACCGGUGCUUGAUGCUUGUGAAGGUGGACAGGAUGUGAACUAUGCUGCGCUGCAUUUCUCUGGAAGGAAAGCUGCACGAGGGAAAAAGAAGACGGAGUUGAAGACUGAAGAAAGUGUGUAUUCUCAAGUUAAAUGUCAAAUGUGAAUGUGUUGAUGAAAUACUUUAGAUUUGCUUACAGUCCUGAUAUUUGUUUAUAUUUUCAUUUUGUAACUGCUUUGCGCAGUAUUACCAUCAGCAAGAUGCAGUUUGACUGUAGUAAGUGUGAGGACUGUAACAGAGGAUAAAGACAGGAAAAUGUUUAAUAAACUGCUGUAUAGCUGA